AUGCUCUAUGCACCAGAGACAAAUCAUGAUAUUGACGCCUAUUUCAUAGGAAACACUGCACUAGCCGACUGUUCUCUACAGCCUACCUCAGCCAUUCUAAUAAUUAAUGAACUUACCAAAAGUUCGACCCUCCGCCACGCUGACAAUCCUAUCAAUGCGCUGACACACGCCUUCCAUCCCGUCGGUGUAUUCGGGCCUGAAUACAUUCAUGAGACAACGGAGAUAAAAAUAGCUCCUGCGUCAAUGAUGAUUGUGAAGAGUACGAAGACCAACGUCACGGUGACUCCAACAGACCUAGGUCCUCACUCACAUUUAGGCGACGUUCACCCAGCUCGAACUGGACCAUACUGGAAACAUUUCCCAUACCACAGAUAUUCUUCAUAGAAGAAUACUUCUAGAGCCCUCGUAUCGAUCGUCAACUCAAAAUACCAAUUAAUUAGACCAAAACAGUCCAAAUAUCUAAUCCCAAUUAAU